GCUGCGAGUGUGGCUCCAGACGGAGUUCACUCCGCCACGGAGGGGUAGGGUCGAGGGAGUGGUUUGGGAUUGGGCCCAAGUGUGAGUGAACAGCACAUUGGAGAAGUCGUGCAUGUGUAAUGGUCGCCUGCAGAGCGGCUGUGGCUCCGAGACAGAAUUGACGAUACCGGAUGUUCCCGAGCGUGGCCGAACUCGACUGGUCCAUAAAACCGACAUUAGCCGAAACACUUCCUCUACUCACGAUCAUAGAAGUCUGAUGUUGUCGGGUUUUGGGUGGCGGGGUGGACGAGAUUAAUGAAAUAAAGAUUUUGAAGAAAACCAUCACUCCUCAGCCCCUCCCAGCCCAGCGAUUUUUGGCUUCGAAGCUUGACAAAGACACUGACCAUUAAAGAUGAAGGUAAUCAGCGCUGCAGUGUUGAGCGCCCUGAUCUGCACGGCUGUGGCCUCUUUGAAAGGUAAAGUUGCACCACCAGAGGAACACCGGACAGCCUUCUUUGGGGAGGAUAUUCAAAUCAACGUCCCGUCUGGGAACCUUAGUGAGGUCGUGUUCAAACCCAGGACCAACGGCUCCGCUGAGGUGGUUCUGCUGCAGGCGGGCCAGGUGGUGAGUCCCAGGGCCCGCCUCAGCUCCCCGGGCCACCUGGUGCUGGAGGGCAUGCUGGAGGAGGACGAAGGGGUGUACGUCAUCAAGAACACGAACAGCCCCAACACCGCCAAGCACCUCAUCAUCAUCGUCAGGGACUGCGCUUCGGAGCAGGUGGUGAAGUAUGGAGAAACUUACCAAAUCUAUCUCAACCAAGUGGAAGGCCCCAUCACUCUGGAGUUCAGGCCCGCUCUGACUCCGCCCAAUCAGACGGAGAUACAUCACACCACCGAGCCCCCCCCCCUGGUGCUGUACAACCAGACGGAGGUGCUGGCCGAGGAAUACGUGGGGCGCCUCAUUGUGUCGGAGAAAAAGGUGACACUGCACUCGGUCAAGGUGACGGACGAGGGGAGCUUCACAGUGUUGGACCGUGAGGGCAAAGUGAAAAGCAGAAACUGUCUGAAUGUGAAAGAGCACCAGGAAUUUCUCCACCUCACCCACGGAGAAAACCAGAAGAUAAAACUCUACCUGCACCACUCCAACGCUAACAUUGUCUACAGGUCCGAAUCUGACCAUAAGGAACGGCCCAUCCUGGUGGAGGGGGUCAUGGUGACGCCGCUGGACCCUGAGCUGGAGGGCAGGCUGAGUGUGGAGGGGUCGGAGCUCAUCCUGAAGAAGGCCACCUCCACAGACACGGGGAUCUUCACUGUGACAGACCUGACGGGCUUUACUGUGGCUCAUGUCCACAUAAAGGUUGAAGCCUACAAGCUGCCUCCUCUGACUGUAGCCAUCCUGGCCCUGAUGGGUGUGAUCGCCUUCAUGCUGCUGCUCUGCCUGCUGUCCUGUGUCUACAGAGUGCACAUGAGGAAUGAGAAGGACAAGAGGGUGAUUCUGCUCGCUCAGCAGGCCGGCAAUAAAGAAGGAGAGGCUUUCAGACAGGUGGUCCAUGACGCUUACACCAGGUUCACUGAGGAUUCUCUGAUGCAGUCUGUGUGUGAGAACCCGUCGGAGAGCACAGAGGUCACCAUAAAGGGUCUGGAGGUGUCCAAACCGGGCCGCUACCACACUCUCUCCUCUGACAACUUUUUGGAGAUGAGCGACUCCGGGGUGGAGUUCACCUCCUCUGGCCUCCCACUGGACAGCGACACGGAUGGCGGCAUGACCUACGCCUCCCACAAGCCCCUCCUGAAUGCCGUCUCCCCCACAGCCAUGACGGAAGAAUUCCCCCCCGAGAGCCCGGAGGCCACCCUGGCCCCCGACGGGGACCUCAGCGCCAGCCGGACCCCUGACUCGGCCAUGAGUGUGAGCCCAGCUUCCAAUCCACGCUCGCUCGCUGCUGCCACCCCCAACGGCAGCCUGCACGGAGCCGCGUCGCCGGGAGCAACCUCCGGGGGCACCGUGGGGUCAGAUCCAGCCCAGAAGGAGGGAGGGGCUGAGAGCGAAGAUGUGGGGCAGAAGGAGGAGUCGGCCCAGAGCACCUGAGAGGCACCACGGUGUGUUUUGUAGUUCAUGAUCCUCAUACAAUAAUGACAGCCACAACAAUCUGGCUCCGUCCAUCAUAUCCAAACACCUCGAGUCCUUCAUCACUGCAUUCCAAUCCACGACACAGACAAAAUAUUCAUGCUUGGAUCUAGAUGUCAUAUUAGACCAGAAGAAAAUGUUGCACAAAACGCACAAAACGUAACGCACUGAGCACUGAAAAGUUAGAUGCAAAAGAGUAAACCCACACUCUCUAAGAAGAACAAUGUGUGCAUAUGGAAAAUGCAUGCAUUUAAAUGAAACAUUAAAGUAGAUAUCAUAGUUCAGAUCUACGGGAAAAUACUGAUGUUAGCGUAGACUGACUGCAUGCGAGCUUCAACGGGCAAGCUAUGCGAAAAAGGGGUUAAAACCCUCUCAGCAAUGUUGGGAAAACACCUUAAAGGGAUCAAAUGAUUUCACCCCCUGUCAAAAAGGUGACAGUUGGAGUCAGCACGCUCCGAGGAAUCAGAAAUGAUUCACUAAGACCAAGGAGACUGACAACAGCAGCAAAAAGCCUCUCCUGUAUUGAGGAGAAUCUCAGUGUGUUGCCUGACAACACUUGUAUCUGCUCUCACAGCAUCAGACAAACAGCAAUGAUUGCAUUCCAUCCAUCCCAUACACAGACUCUACAAUGCAAGUAUGUCAGAAAGCGCCUCUGCCUCUCAGACACAAGUGCUUGUCUCAGCACUCAUUCACAGAUAUCCACUAGAAAAAACCUCCUCAACUUAUUUUUCUCCUGAAAAGCCUGCACAGAAACAAGCUCUGCAAAUUGAAUAGCACCACUCCUAUGUGAGUGACGGUGAUUGGUUUUUUCUCCCUCUCAUAUAUUUGCUGUUUCGUUGAAACACCCACAAGAGCCACAGCAUACUCUUGAAACUCUUCCCCCCCCCCCCCCCCCCCAGUGGAGUUGUCCCGAGUCCUGUCAGAGCAAAAUAAAAUUAGGAGAACACUGCGAAACACUUUUGGAAUGGUUCCCGAGAACAUAAUUGGAUUUUUGGUCCCUUUGCAGAAAGUACCAGUUCACGGACACCAUAGAGUGAGCAGCGGCGAUAGAAGAGACCUCAGAGAUGGAUCAGGGUACUAUUCGGGGAACAGAUAAUUGACUUUUAUGAUUUAAACCAUCCUGUUUUCAUCUCGACUGCCUUCCAUGGGACAAAUCUCAGAUGAUUGUAGCCCAGUUAUUUAUCAAAAUGAAGGGACUGGAUAGCAGGCAGCCUACAGCCCCAACAGAAUUAGAAGAAGAGAGUCGAUUGUGAAGGUGUGUGUGUGGGUGUGUGUUCGAAAGCAACUUACAUUAUGAGACAUUCAGUGCUCUGCAUGGAAACAGGAUCCCUUUCAGCUCCUGGAAAAUAGGCAAUGAAAAAGAGAAGGGCAACCUCAGAGGACCUUAAUUAACCGUUCAGAAUAAUAGCUCAAAGCGGCUUGUGCUCUGUGAAUCCAAACCCAUUAGUUGUACAACACAAUAUUCAGUCCUGCUAUUAACUGUACCAGUAAUAGCGUAUAAGGUCAAAUGUUUACAACCAAUAUCAUUUAAAUAUAUUCAGUUAUUCUUUACACCAUUUUUUUCAGUCAAAGGUAUUUUAAAUCCCAAUAAUUACCAGUUCAAACUGAACUGUGUGAGUUUAAAUAAGAACAGAUAAAAGUUGGUACAGAUACUGUUUACCAGGUAGCUGAUUAUUCACAUCCUUUAAUAUCCUUUUUUAAUUUUUUAUAAAACUUUGAACGAUCUCCUUGUGGCACCAAAAGACUAAAGAGUGGCUCAUUUUACGGUGGCUACAACGGCCCAAAACACUUAUUAGGAGAAAUGCACUGCACUUUCAAAAACAAUGCACAUAAAAACGCAAAUGUGCCAAAACACAUGCAAAUGAAUACACAUCUUCAACAACUUGACUGCUGCAGGAAUCCCUAAACACAACGGAAACACUAAAUGAUGCGUACAGCUGGGACCGGAGCGCUUGUUGACGUUAGGAUUAUAACAUUUGCACACUGUCACAGAAAAACUCAAAUGUUUGUUUUAUUGACUUUUUUUAAGAAUGUGAUUGCAUCAUUCCUUCCCAUAUUAUUGCAGAUCUGCUGUAAGCUAGCUAGCUAACGUAGCUAACCUCAUUUCAGUUAUACUGACAAAACACUUGACUACUAGACAGACUAACUCUACCAACAUGGUUUUUGAAAGUGCAGCACGUUUCUCCUAAUCGUUUUGGGCCGUUGUUUGCCUCCAUCAGCCAGCGUAUCAUUCAAUUACACACGUUACAACAAUAAACAUAUUGAUGGGGGAUUUCAAAAAACACACAAGCAGUACGACAGAGAUGAAGAUGAGAGAGUGGCAUAAGUUCAAGCAUGAAUAAAGUCAAUUAGAUGAACAACAUAGAUUCAAAUGUUGACUAAUUAGUUCCCUGCCAAUUCAGGUCACAGGAAACUGAUUUUCAAUGCUGAGGAAACAUGAGACCCCCUCCACAGUCAGAGAUUGACAUUGAACCCUUGCAACACUUUUACUGCUUUAAGGAAUCAAAGCAGAGUCCAUACAAACAUCCAUCACCUACUUCACCCCAUGAAACACACCAAACACACUGAUAUCCAUCCGGACAGGGUCCACCAUCCCUUCUGUUAAUAUCUGCAGUAUGGCUACUUCAUGCUGUAUAACUGAAUUGAUGUCAACCUGGAAAGUCUGUAAGAUUUACGACCUCAUGCCUCUUAGGGUUACUAAAAGCAGCCGCACGGACGGACACCCACGAUUGGUGUCUGAACGAGAAGAGCACAACGUUUAUCAUGUGAUCCUUUUAAAACAAGACAAAGGUUCACAUUAUAACACAAAAUGUAAAAAGUAGCAGCUAUUAGUAAAUGCAAUAUAUGGAUUUGCAAAAAGAAACGACUAACUAGGUCCCUUCUUAUUCAGGAAAAAGCGGCUUUGAUUUAGUUUUUAUUUACUGCAAAGGGAAAAUAUAUAAAUCCUGAAUGUGUAAAGUGAUUUGCACACCCUACUUGUUAUUGGAUAUUGAUUUUGUAUGGCUGUUUUACAGGGAAGCACGUUUGCUUGUGCAGGUAAUGGUUCAGAUUGAUAUACAACACAAAGACAGUAAGGCUCCAAAACUGACUUUGUGUUUGAUGUAAAUAUCAGGUUGAUUCAAAUAAGCUCUGAUAAGGAGAUUAGGUAAUAACAAAUUGAUGGUCAAGUGACUUAUCUUUAAUGAAUUCUAAAGCAAUAUUCAUUAUGAUAUCACUGAGACAUCCCUCACAUCCACCGGGCAGAAUGAGGAAUCUGACAUCUCAACAUCAAUCACCCUUUUUUUCCACUGUUGUAUAUAUAAAGAUAUGUGAUCUGCAUGUGUAUAGUGUGAAGAUACUAAUAUGUUUCUUACUAUAAGGCUUAUGCAAGGUUUUAUACUAUCCAAACGCUGCAUUGAUCCUUUAACCACGCGUCCACAGCAGGUAGAAAACAAACACGUAGUGCUGGAGGAAGACGCUCGCUCUUACUCAUGUCACGUUUAAAUGUUGGGGUCAUGGAGACGCUGCGUGAAAUCCUUUCAUAGAUAUUCGUUCAGUAGUGGUGGAGUAUCUGUAGUCGCCUCAGGGGUGCACUAUUACACAGUAACAGCUUUGUAGACUGACAAAAAUGCAGGAAACCAACAUGCAGUGUUGGAAUGUAACUAAGUACAUUUCCUCAGGUACCACACCUAAUUUUGACAUAACUGUACUUUACUUGAGUUUUCCAUUUUAUGCUACCUUGUACUUCUAUUCCAGGACAUUAUAAAAGCAAAUAUAGUACUUUUUACUCCACUUACAGUAUAUGAUAUGAUGCAUUACUGUACUACUAAUCAAACCAGUAUUGUAUCUGAAAUUGGCCAAACAUUGACAAAAAACAACAUUAAAAUGCUCCUACAUGUAUGUGUUAGUGAUUAAAACAAGAUUAUACUGUAUAAUAAUCUAUUAUCAUAUAGUACAUCAACAAAGGGCCAUCCUGCAUACCAAUUACUUUAAGCACAUUUGGCUGAAAAUACUUCUGUACUUCUGCAUUUUAAAUGCAGUACCUUUGCGUGUAUUGGAGUAUUUUAAAGUCAGAGUAGAGGCACAAAAUAUAAAUAUGAACCUGAAGAUGAGAAUAAUAUGUCCCCUUUAGGACAAUAGUCUUUUUUAAUUCUAAUUUAGCACUUUUUCCACCUUUGCAAACACUUUGCAUGGUAAUUUCUUUAUUGAGCGUAACGUUCAGUAAGGAUGUUCUUUUCAGGUCUUUUGUGAUCAUAUCAUGCUGUUUUCAGUGCAGAUCAAAUGUUUUAUUCUUAACGUGCAUUAAAAGUCCCUGCUGAAGGACACUAAGUAUUGUACAGGGUGAAGGGCAAAGAGCCUCCUUUGGAUGUCAGUGUGUGCCUGAUGGAAUAAUAAUACUAUAGUUCAGGAACUCUCAGCUGAGGAAGUCUUUAUGAAAGGAUUUCACUCUCCGUCAUUCAACAUUGUCUGGUGUUUUCUGUUUCAUUACACAUCAGAGCCGCCAUUCACAAAGCCAGAGCAGGAGUGCUCGUCCCUGUGUGCGUAGGGCGAGAAUUUAAUAAAAUGUUCUUUCAA